UCGUUCUGUCGUCCUGGUUUAAUCAGGUGCGAAUGGGCGUUCUCUGAACCUCUCCAGCAUGAUGACACAAGGACCAUGCGAAAACAUCUCCCGGACCACAGAGUAACAUAUUGAACAUACAUAGUCCCAUUGGAUCCGCUCCGCCACCAAUCCACGCCCACGCGGAGGACGACUCUCUUGUCCACUGGCCUGCAACACCACCAUGGCCUCCACUACCACCACCAUUGCUCCCGUCAAGCGAGCCUGCGAUAGCUGCCAUCGAAGGAAAGUCAAGUGCAUAGGUGAAGGCACCAACCCGUGCAAGAACUGUGUCUCCGCAGGCCUAGCAUGCACAUAUAAUGCCAUUCCCCAGAAGAAAGGACCCAAAGGCAGCCGGGCCAAAGUUCUUUCUGAACUGCGUGAGAACCAACGAAACGCACAACUAGCUUCCGGCUUUCCACAAGAGCUCGGCCACGAUGGACGACCACUAUCUUCUCAGAAUGUUCGAACCCCAGGCCUGCUACCCCCCGCCCUCGUCGAGAGCUGCAUGGAAUUCUUCUUCGUCAAUGUCUACCCUUCACAGCCUGUACUGCACCGACAAAGGGCACAAGAAGCGGUCGUCAACAUGGACUGUUCUAUCGAAGCCUACUGCAUGAUCGUCUCUUUGUGUGCAUACGUCAUGAUUAAAGCAAACAUGAAGAUUCAACCUAACCUUCUCGAACGCCAUGAGAUGGCCCAGAUGUCCAAUGUCCAGUUCGGACACAUUCUUCUUGAGGAAUCCGUUCGCGUACGGAGAGGAUACGACUAUCGCGAGAACCCCACACACUGGACCGUCCUCACAUCAUGGCUGUACUGUGGGUGCUACUUUGGACUUGCGAAGGAAAACACAGCGUGGUCCUACCUCCGCGAAGCAACAACACAAGCACAACUCCUAGGAAUGCACGAUGAAGAGACCUAUAAGCACGAUCCACUCGAUGCUUCACGCAAACGUGUCCUCUACUGGUUGCUCUUCAUGGCUGAAAGGUACCAAUACCUCAGACUCAUGCGUGUCACAGCUGACCUUGAGUCCAGGACAUAUGCUAUUCACAAACACCGGCCAAUCACACUCUAUCCAACUAUCCAUCCUCCUUCCUUGGACGAAGUACCUUCAGAUCGACCAGUCGCCGUCGGCCUUGAGCUGAUGAUCAACCUGUAUAAGACCAUCGAUGACACGUUUGUGAACAUCUGGAACCGAGUUCACAGUCACGCAAACCCCUCUUGGAUCGCACAAUUGCAAACACAGCUCUCCGAGGCAGUUCCGGCAUAUCUUGAAUGCACUGAAGCUCAGGCCGUCGAAAUUCGCGUUACCCAACAGUGGCUACGAGCAAUGGUCUGGCAACUAUGCGUCUGCCAGGGACUUGUGAGCAGCGUUAGCCAAGACACUUCCAUGACAUUCAAAUUUCCGAUUCAGAUUUCGAGGGAUCUCCUGACUAUGACACACCAAUUCUCGCAGCCGGCCAUGGAGGUACACGGCGUUGGUCUGAUCGAAAAGCUGUUCGAUAUCGCUUGCUGCCUAACUGACGUGGUAGCUUGCACGUCGUUUUCGCCAGAUGCUUUUGCUCUGGGCCCGCGAGAUUAUGUUUCUCGCUUCUUGAUACUCAUCCAGACGUUGCGCGGUGGACAGUCCCGGUAUCUGCCACUGCUCCUCGCCAAGCUGCAGGAGGUACUGCCCAACCUCCCCCUUCCCCGGUCCCUGAACCUGCCCCAAACGCUCCCUACCUCGUCGAUCGGUCUUGGUGCUAGUGGUGGCAUGGUGCCUUCAAACGUAGGCAACGAGUUCUCAGCGCUUCCCUCUGUCAUCUCACCAACGUAUCCAUCGACUGAGUUGAUUCGCAGGCUCGCCGCACAGACCGGGGCUCAGCUCCCUUUCAGCACGUCUCAACAGCCUAUGGUUCCAGCUCCAAGCUCUCGCAUUGAAGAUAUGUCAAUCUAUGGCUCUACUCACAGUACGUCGCAUUCCUCCGGGUCUGCACCUAGGAGCAACUCGGCAACGCCAGGGCCUUACGAACCACCCAUGUCACAAGCGCGCGCGCAGAUUGUUGGCCAUCUCUCUGCUCAGCUUCCGUCGACCGUCACUCAGCAUAUUCACAUACAAUCACACAAUAUCGGUGUGAAUCCUACCGCUUACGACCCACGAUUCAACGUUCAGGGUUUCCCAGUGGAUCCCGCGAUGAUGUUCAAGCAAUAGACGAUGGUUCUUAAUACCCGGAAGGUCGUUCAUUGGGUAACACAAAAAAGAAGUUGUGUGGCACGACUGCCAAAAUCCUUUCCAUCGCGUACCAACCAAUCACGAUCAAAGAAUCGUAGGAGCCAGACCUCGGAAUACCGCACCUCGCAUUCGAACAAUGCCAUAGGAGUCGUUUUGAGUCAAUAGGCGACAGCCGUCAGGUAUGUCGAUAAAUCAUAAGAAGCUCUUUGGAGUCCUUGUGAAACAUCCAUAUUUACGGCGUACGGAUUCAGGUUCACCUCUGCAGCAUUUCAGCACAGCGUUAUUAGACGCGGGAAUGCGGACACGUCCACCACUGCCAGUAUA